UGAAGGUAAGAAGGCAUACCCCUAAGGUCGAGAUCAUCCCUUGUUACCUCUUUCCAAAAUGACUUGUAACACUGCUUUACUCAUCUCUCUGCUAGUUCUAGCACUGAGCCAAACGUCUCAUGCCGGCACCAUCGCCACCUACUGGGGUCAAAACGGAUUCGAGGGAACCUUACAAGAGGCAUGUGAUACCGGAAUCUAUGAUUACAUCAACAUAGCUUUCCUUAUCAAAUUCGGUGGUGGCCAAACCCCUGAACUCAACCUGGCUGGUCACUGCGACCCACCAAGCGGCACAUGCGUCGUGUUCGGAGAACAAAUAACAUAUUGUCAAGACCAAGGAAUCAAGGUAUUGCUCUCACUUGGUGGCUCAGCUGGUAAUUACAGUUUAACUUCUCAAGAUGAUGCCCAAACUGUAGCAGAUUAUUUGUGGACCACAUUUUUGGGAGGAAGAACAUCUGCCGGUCCCUUAGGUGAUGCCACUUUAGAUGGUAUCGAUUUUGAUAUAGAACUUGGAUCGAAUUUGUACUACGAUGAUCUAGCAACUUACUUGAAAGCCAAAAGCCAAAGCGUCUAUUUAUCUGCAGCUCCUCAAUGUCCUUACCCAGAUUAUUACAUGGGGGAUGCUAUUGCCACGGGCCUUUUUGACAAUGUUUGGGUUCAAUUUUAUAACAAUCCACCGUGCCAAUAUAGUUCAGGAAACGUUGGUAAUCUCAUAAGUUCUUGGAAUAUAUGGACGUCCAAUGUAGUGGCAGGGAAUAUAUCGUUAGGAUUACCGGCGGCGGAGGCUGCAGCUCCAUCAGGAGGGUAUAUUCCAGCAGAUACCCUAAUAUCUGAUGUGCUUCCGGUGAUUAACGAGUCAUCAAAAUAUGGAGGGGUCAUGCUUUGGUAUAGGUACUAUGAUUUAUUGACAGGGUAUGGUGCCUCCAUUAAAUCAUAUGUGCUUCGGGACAAGAAAUUAGUGUACUCUUCUUAAGUUAAGGGGAACCUGGAAUUAGUCCAGUUUAUCCAGGGUUUUCCUCUCUAGAUUAUCCUAUGUAAUAAAGUAAUAAUCGGCAACUAUGCUGGGUAAUGGGUGUGUACUUUUAGUCGAUGUUUGUGUUUUAAUCGAGUAUUGGGCCGGAUUUACCAUGAGGCUUUCAUUUUGGGGGAAUAUGGCUCUCAAGUUAUUAUAGGUGUUCGGCCUUUGUUGAAUAAAUUAAAAUGGUGAAGUCAUUAUUGUAUGGUUAUUGUACUCGUGUUACAUUAUGGUCAAGCAAAGUGUUUCUUUUUUUAGUAGUAGCAAGUUUCUUCUUGAAGUUUUUAAUUUUUCAAAGGUUUGGUUUAUGGAAUGGGUUAGAACCAUGAUUUU